UGCCUAAAAGGCUAGUCAAAAUGCUAAAAAGUUCGAAGACGUUUCGACAAACAAUUUGCGUGUCGUUCGACUCCAAUGGAGAAGGCAGCCGAUUCUGCUAGUGCCAAUGUCGGUGACCCUUGUCAUCCUUUCAAGCUUCUUCUCUCGUGCCCCGCUGGUCUUUCACAAUCACAGGUAUCGGUGGUUUUUGAUGAAGCAUACGAUCGGAUUCCCCAUCCGGACACCAACCUGGAAAAUUCCAUUUCUGAGAUAUGGGAUCAGAGGUUUCAGAAAAACAAGUCAUUGUUCAAUGGGCACAAAUUUCGGUACGGAGGAUGCUUCUUCCUUCAUGGAGGUGGAGCAAACCAAGACUCUCACGUUUGCCUUCAACUUGGCUUGACAGAUUAUCGGACUUUUGUAGGGACAAACUUAAAUCCUUUGUGGGAAAAGUUCUUGGUCCCAUCAGAAGAUGACUCUAUUUGUUGUCAACACACCUCAAGUCCACUCGGUAAUGGUGCAAUAGUGGAGACAUCCGACCAGAAAAUAAUUGUGUUGCGAAGGAGUAGUAAUGUUGGGGAAUUUCCUAGAUCCUUUGUCUUCCCAGGGGGUCAUCCAGAGCCCCAAGAAGUUGGAAUAACAUCCCAUCAGUAUGUCAAGGACUUGACAGGCUCUGAGCUUAUUAACCAGAAAGUUUCUCAGGAGAUGUUUGACAGCAUAAUUCGUGAAGUAGUUGAAGAAAUCGGUGUACCUGCGGCAUCCCUUUGCAGUCCAGUUUUCAUUGGUUUAUCACGGAGGGAGUUGAAUGUCAGACCAGCUGCAUUUUUCUUCAUCAAGUGUAGUCUGGAGUCAAAGGAAAUUCAACAAUUGUAUUUGAGUGCACAAGAUGGCUAUGAGUCAACUCAACUCUAUGCAGUUUCCAUGAUCGAUUUGGAGAACAUGACAUCAAAUAUGCCUGGCUGCCAUCAAGGUGGAUUUGCCCUCUACAAGUUGAUGGUAGAAGCUCUGAAGAUUACUUGAUGGAAGUUCAUGACUACUGAUCAAUUAAAGUCGUCAGUAUCUGGUGGCUCAGUAGCUUUACAGCAGCAUUUUUGUCUUUGACCUCUAUUUUUAUUGCUCCCUCCAUUCCACAAUGGACGAUAAUUAUAAAUGGCAUGCAUUUUAGCAACACAAAAAAUAUAUAUAUAAUGAUCUUCCUGAAAUGCCCUAGAUCAAGCCAUCGACGCGAUCCUGGGGUAAUUCCUAAUAUACACUGUCCAACCAAGGGUUUAGAAACUUGGUAAUUGGCCAAUAUAUAAAAUUGCAUAAUGAUUUGUUA